UUUUAUCAUUUUGGGCUCUAUCAAUGCACUUUGGAUAAUGAGUCAAUAAGUGUGGGGUGGUGUAUAUAUAUCUGUUACUGCCUUUUGAAACUCCACUUGUGAGUCACCACCAAUUGCAGACCAUUAUUUUCUUUAAAGCUGUAAGUAGGAGAUACAACUUUCCUUGGAGGUUACUAGGCAGCUGAGUAGAGAAGGGAGAACCAAUAUUUACUGUCUGCCAAUCUCUCCAGCAUGUGGAAAUUGUUGAUCUUGGUUCAGUGUACCACCCUGAUGGGAACAGAAUUGCCUCAGGGAACUCCAUUAAGGCCUGAAGAAACAUGGAAAUCUUUGGAUAACCCCAGGAACAGAGAUCUGUUUUUCAGAACUCUUAUGGCUUACUUUUCUGGGAGACAGUUUGCACUCGGGAAGUUCCCAGAUACCUUCUCAGUGAACAAUGAUAAAUCAAAUCCAAUUUCUUUCUACUUGGAACCAGCUGCUUCUGCAUUUUCAGAUUAUGAAGAAAAGAAAAGCCCCUUUCCAAAUUACCUCAGAAGCUGAAAAAGCUAGAUCAAGGUGACUGCUUAAGGAUGCAAGAUUAUUUGGAAGCAUCUACAGAAAAGUGUUUCUAAAUCAUUCUUUACCAGUUUUCUUUCAUGUCAGAUGCUGCCUACAGAUAUCUGAGGCCUGCUCUGUGCUUACUAGUUGCAUGUGCUUAAAGGAAAACAGAGAGAAAUUCAAAUUAUACCCAUUAAUGCUCUGUGGAAAACAGUAAAUACAUAUAACUAUCUGUGUUUCUAAGACUUAUAAAAUUGUUAAAUGAAUUGAUUUUGGAUUUUUUUUUCAAUCAGAAACAUUUUUUGCGUAGUUAUUUGCCUCCCUUACAAUUCUGAUUCCUUUCAAAAAUAAGCGUGACUAUUAGUCAAACAUCAUCUACAGCCAAAUUUUGUAGUUAGUAAUAAUUCAAAAUGAUAUAAUGAUGGAAUCAUAUUAAAAACAGCUUGAGAUGUUUCAGUGGUCACAAAUACACAAAAACUUUGAAUUAAAUGUCAAUUCUCCAAUACAAAAUGUGUAUGUGCGUGUAUAUUAUAUGUUCAA